AUGUCUUCUACUACCAAUCCAAAGAGAAAGAGCUACGACGUGUACUUGGGUUUCUGUGAUGAAGAUGCGGGUUCUUUUGCUUUGGAACUCUAUACAGCUCUUAGUUCACAAGCUGAAAUCAUUGUUUUCUGGGACGAUUACAGGAUUGGAUUUGGAGAUCAAGAAGUACCAACCUCGGUGCUGAAUGUGAUUGCAGAUUCCAAAGUUGUUGUAGUCAUAUUAUCAAAGAAUUAUACGCAUUCUAGAUGGUGUCUUCAAGAAUUGGAGAAAAUAACCCAGUGUUACCGAACCAAAGAUGGUCCCGUUGUUUUACCUGUGUUCUAUGAUGGUGUCCAUUCCCCCAGUAGAAUAUUGCAGGAAGAUAUGUAUGGAGAGGCUUUUCAUGAUUUUCUGGAUAGAAUUUCAAUGAAGGAGAAAACCUCUUCCGAAGAUGAAGACAAGUUCAUGAGUUGGGUAGCAGAAAUCAGCAAUGAAGCUUCCAAAUAUGCUGCAUUAGCUUUUUUACGAUAUGGACCAAAUCAGAACAGAGGUGAACAUAUAACACAUGUAGUUAAAUGUGCUACUCUUAUUGUAAGCAAGAAAAGAGCCUCGUUCCAUAUAGAGAGCAUACACUCUCGUGCCCAAGAUGUGAUUCAACUAUUGAAACAAUCAAAAUGUCCUCUUUUAGUAGGGAUAUGGGGGAUGACAGGGAUUGGCAAAUCAACCAUCGCCAAUGUCAUUUAUCAUAAAUUUGGUCCCUUUUUUCAGGGGUUUUGCUUACUCAAAACAAUCAGCGGAAUUUGUAAAAAAAAAAUUCACGGUCUAACUUCCUUGCAAGAGAGUCUUGCUGAAUUUUAUAGCAACAAACUUUCAAUCGAGUCAGGAAAAAAUAUUAUAAAAAGAAGCUUUCAGCAUAAAAGAGUACUCAUUGUACUUGACGAUGUUGAUAAGUUGGAUCAGUUAAAAGUUUUGUGUGGAAGUCGAUAUUGGUUUGGUGCUGGGAGCAAAAUAAUCAUCACCACACGAGAUAGGCGUCUGCUUAAGCAGCAUGGAGUUGACCAUAUAUACAGCGUGAAAGAACUGAACGAACGUGAAUCUCUUGCACUUUUGAAUUGGGGUGGAUACAGCCUACCAACAAAUACUCAACAAUAUUUUGGUGAACCUUCUAGGGAAUUAGUUACUAAUUCUUGGGGAUUGCCUCUUGCUCUGGAAGAACUUGGGUUGUUUUUGAAUGGAAGGAAGCACUUCAGUGUAAGAAUGUGUUGA